UAAAAACUUCUUUAUAGUUAUGUGCUUUAUUAUAAUAGCAUAACAUGAAAUCAAAAGACCUGAGUAUUUUCUGAAAAAACAACUGAACCUCUCUGUUAAUCAUGUGUUUUAGACACAGAAAGGAUGGACCUUUACUCAAUCACGUACGCAAACUGACCAUCUGUUUCCCAUCAGGCCAAAUUCCAUUCACUAACUUUAUCACAUUAGGUCAUCAGCCUCCCAAACUGGUUGCCCCUCAUUUCCUAAAUCAGCCUGACUGAAUAACAGGAAAGACUUUCUAUUCAUGUAGAUAUGUGAUAGAAAGCUGAUUUGCAUGGACCUUUUCAUGAACCGAAUAACUAACUGGACUCCCAACUCCUUUAAUAAGACACUGUUGUGAACAACGUUCAGUCACUUUCUGCACUUUGCUGGGAGAGUAAACUAGAUCUACUUGCAAGUAAAAAUGAGCUUUUGAGAGAACUCCGGUAAUUUUGUCCACACAUUCAACAUAAGAAGAUUAUAUAAAGCUGCAUCCUGACAGGAAAACAAAGUCAUAAUAAAACAGAAUGAAGAUCUUUGUGAGUUUUACGCUCUGGCUGCUGCUCGGCACCAUCUCAGCAAAUGAAAGCGUUGAUUGUCAGCAGACUUUUCCUCAAGAUAUCUACGCUGCGCUGAGAGAGAUGACCGCCUCGUUGGUUCAACUGAAGGCGGAUGUGACAACGUUGCAGAGAGAAUUCCUGCAGACUCAAGAACAAGGAGCACAACAGAAGACUGAAGUGGACAAGCUGAAGCAACAACAGCUAGUCCGACAGGUUGCAUUCUCAGCCUCUCUGCAUGCUGGUGCAGGCAAAUUAAAGCUUGGACCCUUUUCCACUGACACUCUUCUGAUCUACAAACACGUUUUCACCAACAUCGGAAAUGCCUACAACUCAAACACAGGUGCAUUCACUGCCCCGGUGAGAGGAGCGUACAACUUUGAGUGGACGAUCAAUGCAGAAGGAGACGGCAGCCGCGGUUCAGGAGCUUGGUUGGUCAAGAACUCAGAGAAGGUUGUCGUUGCAUACGAGGAACAGCCAACGACCGGUUAUAUGAGUUCUUCGAAAGGCAUUACGCUGCUGCUGGAGGUGGGAGACGUUGUGUUUGUGCGUCUGUGGGCUGGCAGUUUGGUGCAUGACAGUGAAAGUCACCCCACCACCUUCAGUGGGCAUCUGCUGUUCCCCAUGUAAGACAGAAACAGCAGCUCUGUGAUAGUCACGCAGGUUUUUGUUGUCUUAAACAAGUCUUCAUAGAUUUGAUCUGAUUUCAUCUGCAUCCAAAUAAUAAUAAGAAUUUUUUGUCGACAGUAAUCUAUUUUCCUUCAAAUACAGUGCCUUGCGAAAGUAUUCGGCCCCCUUGAACUUUUCGACCUUU